AUGCAUUCGCAGAUGAAAGUCCAGAGACGCCGCGCACUUUGCGGUGGUAGUGAUCUCUUACAGAACCAACUAUACGAUCUACUGUGUAUUGAAGGUCUAGUGCGUGGCAUCCGAAUCUUCGAGCGCAACAUCGAGCCGCCCAGGUACGUGUCCUCCCCUGCGACACAGAAAAUCAUUGUGGAGAAAGAGACCCAGCAGAUACGUCCGUACGUGGUGGGCGCGGUCUUGCGCAAUGUCACAUUUAACGAGGACUCGUACGCGAGCUUCAUCGAUCUCCAGGAUAAACUACACAUGAAUAUUUGCCGUAAACGUACGCUUGCCUCAAUUGGUACACACGAUUUGGAUACCAUCAAGGGUCCCUUCUACUACAGAGCUCAAGCGCCCAAGGAUAUCAAGUUCAAAGCACUCAAACAAACUGAGGAAACCACCGCCGACGAACUUAUGGAGAAGUACCGAACUGACCAACAACUGAAGCACUUUCUGCACAUCAUUGAGGACAGCCCUGUGUACCCAGUGGUGUACGACAGUCAAGACAUCGUAUGCUCCUUGCCCCCUAUUAUAAACAGCGAAUAUUCCAAGAUCACCUUGGAGACUAGGAAUGUCUUCAUCGAAUGCACGGCCACUGACCGGAGCAAGGCCAACACCGUGGUGGACCAGAUCGUAUCCAUGUUCUCUGAGUAUUGCGAUACGCCCUUCACAUACGAGCAGGUUGAUAUCGAAUACCCUGACGGCACAACGGAAAUCACGCCAAAGAUGGAGUAUCGUCUGGAGAAGGUGCCUGUUGCCUACUUAAAUAAGAGAGUUGGCAUUGAAGAAACGGCCGAGAGUAUCGCCGCCAUGCUGGACAAGAUGUGCAUCCCAUCCACAGCCACAGAUGCGGAGACCAUUGAGGUCGAGGUGCCACCCACGCGCGCGGAUAUUCUGCACGCUUGUGAUAUUAUGGAGGAUGUUGGAAUCGCAUACGGAUACGACAACAUCAAGAUGACCAUUCCCGACUUCCAAACCGUUGCCGUACCAAAUCCCUUAAAUAAACUUACUGAUCUGCUGAGAAACGAACUAGCUCAGUGUGGCUUCACAGAGGCUCUAACCUUUGCGCUGUGUUCGCUGGAUGAGAGCUUCAAGUUCAUGCGCCAACCACAGAGCAAGAAGGCUGUGACUAUCUCAAACCCUGCCACAUUCGAGUUCCAGAUGGCGCGCCUGGACCUUGCGCCGGGGAUUCUUAAGACCAUUGCGAGCAACCGAUCUGUCCCCAUUCCCUUGAAGAUCUUCGAAGUGUCGGACGUGGUUAUGCAAUGCGAAACAAGUGACACCGGGUGCAAGAACGAGCGUCGGCUGUGCGCGGCUUACUACGGCCAGACAUCUGGCAUGGAGGUCAUCCAUGGCCUCAUUGACCGCAUAUUCCAAGUGCUGAGUGUGGAGUACGACGCCGCUGAGGGCUACAGCUACGAAUCCGUAGAUCACCCUAUGUUCCUGGCUGGCCGCAGUGGAUCUGUGCUAUUCAAGGGCAAGGUUGUGGGCCAGUUCGGAGUAGUACACCCCGAAGUACUGGGCAGUUUCGAACUGAAGAUGCCCACUUCCUUGGUUGAGAUCAAUGCGGAGAUUUUCCUAUAAUAAAUAAUUCAUUGAGCCUUCUUGACGAUGAACAUGUACAUAAACAUACUUUGACC